CCUGGAUGCCUAUCAGAUGGUAUCCGCAGUACUCCGUACACCGGGUCCUCAUGGGCCACCACCUAGCACUGUGAAGAGCAAGAUACUCCGUACAUACAUACGUACAGACUACGGAGUAUAGUAUGGCGAAAUGGAUCAUAGAUCGGUGCCCGUACUACGGAGCAGAUCCAUGCGUGCGCGUACGCUUUCGUUUUGAGAAUAUGGCGACCGGAAGGCCGCAUGAACUUGGCAAAUAAACCUUGCUUGGCCCCUCUUGGAGGAGCGCCAUUUCUCCUCGCAGGCUGCGACCAACCGGUCUCUCUGCCCAUUAGCACCAUAAGCACUGGCGACUCAAUAUGACGCUCAGGAACGAUUGUUGGGGCCACCGUCACACUCCAAGCCACCUGUCUCUGCCAGCAAAGCAGAGAUGUAGUUAUUCAGUCAGAAGCAGAAUUCAGAGAGCAAAGUAAACUUCAGGGGCGGCGACAAAAACUGUUUCGUCGGGUUCAAAUCGGCCAGCAAAGGAAGUAGUAACGUGGGAGAAUGCGUCUUGCAACCUCUACGCGCCCAGUAUGAUAGUCAUGUCUGGGGGGGGGGUGACGGGGUCCCCACCCGCGAAAAACACAGGCAUUCGAGUCCCGCCAAACAAUCACAGGCUCACACACAGCACGACGGCUUGACUCUUGUCACGGGUAGUGUAGGCAGACCGCGAUUGGGCGAAGGUGGAAGGGCGAACGGGGGUGGUGAUGAAGCGUGCAGAAGGGGCAGAACGAGAGCGAGGCAGCGUCCAAUCGCGUGACGAGGAAGCCCUAGCGGCUGGACCCUAGCCCUAGCCCCCAGCCCUAACAUCGUUCCUGGCCAAGCUGAUUUGCCUGGACCACACUCUUCACCAUCGACAUCCUUAUUAUUCCACCAACUCCAACUCCAACUCCAACAACAACAGCGACCAUGACAACCCCCCAGCGUGGAGCGGCAUUUCCUCUUCGCUAGUGGCUAGGCGGGCGGGGGGGAUUUGCCAUGCUUGUUGCUGCCAGCCAUCCGUGCGGAUUAUUACCAUGCUGCGUCGCUGCAAAAAUAGCCUAGCCUGCAGGUUUAAGGAGCUCAAUGGCCGUGGCGAUGAUGUUUAAUUUUCCGCCCCAGCAAUCAAAACGCCGUUAUCCUAAUCUAUGAGGCCAAGAAGAAUGGACUAAAAGGUUUUGAUUCCUGAGCAAGAUUACGAUCGAUCAAGCCUGAAACCAUUGCCUGCCAAUCGGUUGGCUGCAGCUUCUUCUGUGCAAUCAAGGAGUGUACCUGACAGAGUACUCUGUAAUCUGUACUCCGUACGGUCGCUGCCUCAAGUCCAUCUAGCCUUCGCAUCUCCAAUGGUUCGUCUGUCUUACUCGAGUGUCCUCUAUUUCUCUGAUCCGUACUGUCUCCACCAGUUGUGCCACCCAGUGCGCAACGCCCCAGCAGACGGAGGGCUACCUUGUUAAGAUAGAACGCAGGAUUUGUGAAUCCAAUCCUGCUAUUUCAGGAUAGACAUGCUCUCGUUUAUACCGUCUUUUCGGGGAGCCAGAAAAUAUGAUCAGAUUCGGAUCUUGAUCUCAUCAUGUCAGUGCUCAAGAGAGAGUUGGAUCGGCCGACUUUAUAAGCUCUUAAAAGCUGAAUCAUUUGUAGCCAAAAAUAAAAUUGAAACGAUGGGCCGGAAAAAGCAAACAUAUUGAGCGCCGGCAAUUCGAAGUGCCCGUCAGCGCCAGCCAGCCUAUCCCUGUCGUUUGCGCCUUGGUUGCUUUUUCUGCGUCGAGAUGCUAUGCUAAGUUCAACUGACAAAAGAGCCAAAAAUGUGAUGCCGCCCGGCCCCCCCAGUGCUCAUCCUGGAGUCCGUGUAUGGAUGUACUGUACUAGAGCUACACGAGCCACUAACUCCCUGUCUCCCCCCGCCAUUCCUCAUCAGCCUUCAUUCGCUGCCAGCCUUUCCUCCAUAUUUCCACCAACUGACGACUAGGAGGGCGAAUAGCAGUUUCUGGAGACAUCGUGUCAAUUAUUGAUACUUGGACUGACCACAUGUUAUUAGUGGCUUUUCUUUCUUGCACUUUUCUCUUGCAGUAGAGAAUGGGUCCUUUUGUUUUUCUCCCACAAUUUUGCUGGCUGUCACUGAUCCCUCAUCCGUUCGUAUGUAUUUUGUAGACAUCUCGGACUGCUCCUCUUCCGUCUGCAGCUGCUCACCUGCCUUCAGACCUCAUACAAUAUCUCCUGGUUGAAUUCCACCGGCCUCCUAAGCUCGGUUUUCACUUUUCUUUUUACUACCUUUGACAAAUUAACUAUCUCACCCAGCCGCCCGCCGGUGGUCGCUCUUCUGAGAUUAGCCUACACACAACCAUCUCACACGGCGGUUAUUUCUCUGGCCACCUGUGGAAUCCUUUUUCCCAACCCCCGAAUUCGACCAGCAAUAGGGCUACAAUCCUAUCAAAAGGGUUUCGUGGCCGUUCUCUCCUGUAAUCUACCUGCAUUUGGCCGUUUGGCCCCUGAUUCUGUAACAAAUACAAAUCCCUGCCUUCACCGUUUUACAUUUCUGUUUCAACCCUUCCCUGUUCUUUCUUCUCCAGCUGAAAUAAAUUCCGAUCCUGUGCGACGAGGACGCUGACACAUGUAUAGACACACCUACGCUGGCGUCCUCAUGUUGGUUUGAACAUCCUUUGAUCAGAUCGUCAGUCGCAAGGCAAUGUCUACAGGUUCGAAAUCCACCUCGGGUGCUCUGGCAGUGAGCCAGAUAAACACCCACGACGAUUUCGACCCAUGUGCCUCCACUGCGUCAUUGUUUCUCUACGCUCAAGGCUCUUCUAUCCUCUGUCUACACCAUGAUACUCUGGCAAUCGAGCGACGGUUUGACCGCCACCAGGAGAAAAUCCAAUUUAUUUCGGUUGAUAACGUUAGCGAAAGGGGUGCAGGUAGGCUGGUAGUUAGCUAUGAUGUUAGUCAGACAGCGAUUGUUUGGGAUAUAUUCACUGGUCAAGAGAUAUCGCGAUUUGCUUCCUUCGAACACAUCCGAGUUGCAACCUGGUUGCGGAACGGAAAUGUGUCGUUUGGAAAUGUAAAAGGGGAAGUAAUCUUAUUUGAGCCUGCAACUUCUGAACAUGUGUCGGCCCGCACGAUUUUCGAUCCCAUCACUGCUUUGGCACCGGGAAACGAUUGUCGGAUUUAUGCGAUCGGAUAUAACAAUGGCUCAAUUUUAAUCGCUACCAUUCAACCUUUUACGAUAUUGCACACACUUACUACCUCCCGGGGCCCUUCCUCCAUUGUUUCACUGGCAUGGCAUGCCUCAUCAACGAAACAGAAGUCGGACAUGCUUGCCAGCCAGACGGUUGAAGGAGAUUUACUUGUGUGGAGUGUAUCGAAACAUCCGGCGAACGAAACGCCUCGCGUCAUUAGGUCUUUGAAGAGGUCUGAAUACGGCUCACCUGGACCUAAAUGGCUGGCUUGGUCUAAGAAUGGGCGAAUUGUUCAAUAUGCUGAAGGGGAAACCUGGGCGUGGGAUGUGAGAACAAAACACGUUACUUAUGAACAAGUGCCAACCGUACGAGGUGUGAGAGGUUUGGCCAACUAUGGAUCAACAGCUACUCUGUUCACAUUGGGGCCGAACCAUACUGUUCAACAAUAUGACCUUGAGAACCCUACCAUGGUCGCCAAUGUUCAGCACAUCCCUCUUACUGCUUUGACCAGCCAACCCGCUGAAACGCAACCCGAGAAGGUUGAAUCGGGUCUUACGACACGAAAUCUUGCCCAAUAUCAGACUAGCAUUGUUGAGAGAAUGAGAAGUCCAUCCCCAGCUUCGUCAGGCCGACCCAUUGAGCCGAAUGCCCUAGAACUCGCCCGGCAACGGGCUGGGCUAAAGAGUCCACUGUCCACCGGAAGCCAGACCACCUCGACCAGCUCCGCAAACUCGUACAAUCGCGGUAUCCGAGGCGCGACGUCGAUCCGUUCUAGAUCUUACAAUAGCGGAACUACCUUUUCAAUGGGUUCACCAGCCCAUUCAAUACCGGAAUCGCGAUCGGUAACCUCAUUGAAUUAUGCAUCUUCACUUUCUACGUCCUCUAGAAGAUCAUACGGUCGCGGUACCUCACGGUUGCGCCACGAGUAUGUUCCGAAUGGUAGCAAUAGCAGUAAUACCAGUUCCCUCGACAAGCCAAUCACGGAACUAUUCCCUUAUAUCCGGAGCCGUGUGAACAAUGUUCCCUUCCAACCUCCUCGCCCUCAGAACGAUGGCAACCUAUCUCCGGAUGAGUUAAGGAAACAGAUGCUCCAUGUCGUUUUCGGAUGGGACGGAGAUAUUGAUGAGUUGAUUCGAGAUGAGUUGCGCCGUCACAACCCGGGAAGCCAACAUGCCAUUCUCCUCGCCCGCUGGCUGGGAGAAAUCGACACGAAUCUUAUACUAUCAAUGAUGGGACCAGGCUCUAGCCAAUACAGCGACUGGAUGUUGCUUGCAUUAACUCAGCUUGGAAAUCAGGGCCAUAGCAAACAUCUUGGUCAAGCACUGGUCCAGAAACUUCUGGCAAAAGGCGAUAUUCAUGCAUCGGCAGCAGUUCUUCUCGGGAUGGGUGAUUGCAACGAUGCCAUCGAAGUUUACGUAUCCAGAAAUAUGUAUAUGGAGGCUAUUCUUUUGACGUGCUUGUUAAUGCCUUCUGAGUGGCAGCGGCAAUCGUAUCUAGUCAGAAAAUGGGGUGAGCACGUCGUUCAAAACUCCCAACAACAUCUAGCUAUACGGUGCUUCGCUUGUACCGAUGCGGAGACAUCCGAAGCCUGGGCUUCUCCGACUGCCCAGAUGACCACCAUUUUAUCAGAUCAGUUGUCCAGAUCUCGAGGCCCGACACCAACAAAUGCUGAGCCUUCCGUUACUGCCAAUGCUCCCCGUCCACCUUCUCGCGGCACUCUUAAAAGCCCUGCCCUGAAGCUCAUCACCUCUUUCAGUCCGCAGCCUAGCGGCCAAUUCAGAUUCCCUGGUCUUACUUCUGCGGAUCGGACCCCAACAAAUGCCCCCGGGGUAACUCCAAUUGCGGAUUCCGCACUGGUAGACCCUAGCUCACCGGGAGGAUUUGGUUCACACAAAUUACCUACAGGCCGAAUGGGCCGCGUGGGAACACCGAACAGCUAUGGUAAACAUCGCCUCCCAUCCAUCGGUGAAACUCCAAUUGAUGUAAAUCCUCCGGCUUUUAAUAUUCCAAAGGGCUUGCCAACACCCGUUGACUCAGGAUCGGAUAAAGAGAGGGAUGCUCGUAAUGCGGAGAUGGCCAACGCACAGCGACCAUCUGUGGACACCUCGGAACCGAUUCUAUUAUCAUCUGCUAGGUAUACGCCUGUAUCCGAAAUCCCAAGGAAGACUCCAACAACGGCAGUUUUGCACGGUGACGAUGCAUCUGACGGAGGUCGUCCAUUUUCGCCUCCGAACGAUAUAUUUGAAACACUGAAAGCACAGCACAACAAUAGAACGAAGUCGCGUGAACGGAAGGGCGAUCGCAAGGCCGAGGGUCUCCAUAUUCAAUGGCCACCGUUGGAUGAUUUCCCACCCAGUGGACCCGAGCCUUCAAUGUCCUACGACGUUAUACGUCGAUCAAUAUCGCAAAACCAGCAUCGAGGAGCGACACCGGAUAAUUUUUAUACCUCAGCUAUGUCUACUAGCAGUGCAAGGUCAACAAGGAGUGCGAACGCCAGUGUCAGAAGUAUUGAUCAAUAUAUCAGUAGCUUAGACGAAGCUAGCUACCGUUCAGGCCACCAUAGAAUCGGACGCGAACGGCGAAACACAGAUACCGACUCGAAUAUCAAGCUUCGUAGCAAGCAGAAAUCACGAAAUCACUCGAAAGAAUCCCGCGGACGAAGCAAUCAGCGGUACAUACAGCCAGCGAAGAGGUCGCCAUCGUCGCCCAUCCCGAUGUCUCCAGAUGACUUAGCGCUCUAUACUACAGGCACUGACAACAUCGAUUAUCAAUCAAAAUCGAACACGGACCAAGGACGCCGCCACAGAAGCAGCAGACGUACGAAAUCUCGAACACGAUCAACCUCCAAGAGUGGCCAUCGACUCCGCAAUCGUUCCAGUUCUUUGGCAGGCGAUAAGUCUAGUCAGGUCACCACGCGUCGCCACACCCCGGAUCCGUUAUACUCUCUUGAAACACGGGGUAGAAGUUCGCAAAGGACAGAAGGAUCUGGCCCGAGAUCUCCUUCUUCCCCGCUUCCCAUGUCCCCCACACUUGGAGACUACAAUAGUGGCCAGGAUAUUGAGAACGGCCUUCGACUAGUUAACGUGGAUAGAAAACACCGUGUGCGAUCUAGACAAGCGAGUCAGACUCGCCGUCCAGAACGUGGCACAAGUGCCCGCCGUGAUCCGUCUCCAGACCGAAGGAGAGAGCGUAACAGAUCUCAAAGUAGACAGAGUCAGGACCGGUCAACUAGUGCAUGCAGAGAUACGCACGCCAGUGGAGAUGGUAUUAGAGGCCAUCGCAGGCAUGCCUACCCUAUCGAUAAUGAAAUGCCCUUAGUAGCAGGCGUUGAAACCAGUGGCCAGCCAACGUCGCUUCAAUCCGUGGCGGAACGUAAAAGAAAGGAAUUAGCUGCCGCUGAACUGGAAGCUCGCCGUCUGUCCCUCGCACGCCGACCUUCUGCUCCCUCAAUUCCGCUUCCGGGCGAGAAUAGCAGUAACCUGUCCCACCGACAAAAUGCAACUGACAGUCCUCCAUACAGCGGCUCCUUCCAUCAAAGGAUGGGUGGAAAAAACCUAUCUCCAGCCAAUUCAAAUAAUUCUGACUCCAACCACUCGGGACGUGGACCCUCGAAUGUUCCGAUUGGGCUACCCGCAACGCCGAGGGCAAUGAGACAUCCAAAAUACAGCACCGGCUAUGCAGACGUCAACGCCCCUGCUCUCCCUGAGGUCCCAGACAAUAUAAUGACACUGAGCGACGCUGUUUAUCGACCGAGUGGACAUAAUAUUUCGCGGUCAGCUUCUGCUCCACCUGACCACCUUGAGCUCAAUGGGAAGCCACACGGGCUUUUAGCCCACCCGCAUUAUCAGCAACAGAUACCUAGUAGCAAACCAGCACAGAAAUUCGCUCAUCGUCGACAGACCUCACAGGAUAUGGGCCAGAAUCAUUCAACUGGCAACAAUGGCAACGGACCGCCACCCCUCCUCCCAGAACUUCGGCAUCUUCAAUCACCUCCACCACCGCCCCCACCGCCUCCCAUGAUCCAUACGCAUAACCAUAUGCCGUCGACGUACGAUUCACGAAACUCACUAGUUUCCGGCGUGGGCACUAUCAAUAUUGCCAUCGAUGAUCCCGGAAAGAUGAACGAUAUUCCCCUGCAACACCAACAACAACCACCAGCAAUCUUCUCCCCCAUCGCCGAGUCGUCAGGAAUGUCGCCCUCGAGAAGCAAUGGCGAUACCUCCCAUCGCCGUGGCCGCAGUGUGAAUGAAAACUUCACGAGUAAAAUCCGCAAUUUUACGGAUAGGAUGCGUAGCACAAGCCGGGGCCGCAAUACACGGCCCACGCCUUCGGAAUCCGAUGCGCCUUCACCCUAUGAAAGUUUAUCCAUACAAAAUGUUAUAGAGAACAGGAUAUAGAUUAGUGACAGCAAUACUCUCACCUCCAGCGAUUUAUACAUCUAAGGGCCAACACUGCGACAUUGACUAGGCCGCUGUUGAAAACCGGAGGGAAAAAAAAAAAAAAAAAAAUUAAGGAAUGGUAACAACAAGAAACUAACUGUUUUACUACGUGAUGUUUUGAGAUUUGGAAUUACCAAUCAGAACAUGAAAGUUGGCCAAGUUUAAAGAAGGGAUACCGUCGGCGGUAAAAAUGCGUUUUUUAUUCUAAUUCAUGUUAUUUCAGUUUCGUUUCUUUUCUUUUCUAUCCUCUACUCAUGGGCAAGAAGACUGUGUGAAUAUCGUGUAGCAGCGAAGCUUAGCGACCAAUGGCUGCUAAAGGUUAAGGCGGCACAUAAUAUCCUCCCACCCGAAUAUUCAUUUAUAUUCCCAUUUUAGCAUGUUCGUUUUUCCGAAAGUAUCUAUACUAGCAAAGGUUGAAUUUAUAAGCUCCUUAACCCCCCUUGUUUUUUUCCCCUUUCCUUUUGCUUUUUCUGUUCAGUUUCUAUGUCGCUUCUGUUCAUGUCGUUCUGAUAUCCCCACUUCUCUAUUUCGAUUGUCUUUCCUUGCGAUAUUCUUCUUCUCAGGGGAUUGAUGCUUCUUUACCGGGGUGGCUUUGAUGAAAGAUUGUGGUAGUGUUUUUUCCGUUUCUUGUAGCGCACCCCCUCUCCAUAUCUAUAAAAUUAUAUACGAAUAAUUUACUCUCCUCUUAACCUACGUAGUAUCCCCGAUGGUUCUACUUACGGAAAG